AUGCCGUGGUGUAUAUUUGUGCAUUAGAUCACUCUCGCACGGUAGUGAGGUGAUGGUGAGGACACUGAGGGAGUGACGUCUACUGUGUAGUGUGUAGUGAUUUCAAAGAUGCUGAUUUGGCUUUCUUUAAUUAUUCUCUUGAUAGACUAAUAAUAACAUACACAGGAGUAUGUCUUAUAAUCUGUGUGACCUUUGAAGUGCUCAUGAUGAGGAAACAGAUGCUGGUGUACCAGUUGCAGCAGGAGGCACCCAAACCCGCUGCCGUCCUGUGCACCGACCGGCCACCAGACAGCCCGCCCCACUAUGGCCUAGAGUACCACGGGGACAUCAGCUCCAACCAGUGCCAGUCCCUGCUGACUCAAGACGGGGCCUACCUGGUGCGGCAGAGGAACAAGGCACGGGGCUUCUACACCCUCAGCCUGCGGUCCAGCAGGCAGGUGAAACACUACCGCCUCUUCUAUGACGCACAGAAGCACUACGUUGGGGAGAAGAGGUUUGACACACUGCACGACCUGGUGGCUGACGGACUGGUGUGUCUCUUCAUUGAGCAGCGGGCUGGGGAGCAGCUCAAGGCCAUGCAAGCUGCCUCCUACGCCGACUCUCCCUAUUACACCCUCACUCGUGCCAGUAGGGUUCCCAAGCCACCUGCAGCUGGCAAGGAGAACGACUUGCCUGCCAUUGACCGAGUGCAUGGAUCAACAUUUUACAUUGGGUCCACCCAGGAGAGGCAAGCUGACGACUCCCCGGAUUCUGCCAAGGAGGUCAACACACAGAGGCCUCACAGGUUCAAUGUCAACACCUUCAGUGGCCUUAUCUGGUGUGGCUUCUGUGGUCACUUCCUGUGGGGUUUUGUGUCUCAGGGAGUGAAGUGUCAGGACUGCGGCUUCAAGGCCCACAAGCAGUGCAGCUGUAAGGUUCCCAAUGACUGCUCUCCAGACCUCAAGCACUUGCAGAGCAUAUUUGGGGUUGACCUGACUACUAGCCUGGGAGGGAAGGGAGGGCCAGGAUAUUCAGAGGUGCCAGCUGUGUUGACAGAAUGCAUCUCAGAGAUAGAGGCACGAGGUCUUACGUCUGAAGGCAUCUACAGAGUGCCAGGAUCCCAGGACCAGGUGGAGGCGCUCAAGCUUGCCUUUGAGAGAGAUGGCGAUAAUGUGAACCUUAAUGAGAAAGCGGUGGGGGACAUCAAUGUGGUGGCUGGUGUGCUGAAGCUGUACCUCCGUCUGCUGCCCAUUCCUCUGAUCACUGCACAAUGCUUCACGCAGCUCCAGAUAGCUUGUAAACUGAGUGACCCUGAUGCCCGAGUGUCCUCCAUAAAGGAUUCACUGCUCAGUCUGCCCACUGCCCACUACUCCACACUCAGGGCCAUCAUUCUUCACCUGGGCAGAGUAUACAAGCACAGUGCGGUCAACAAGAUGACAGCCACCAGUCUCAGCACCGUCCUGGCCCCAACGUUGAUCCAGACCGCCCCCAUCACAGAGACGCUACAGCCGGCUGACCUCCUUGCACUGGCCAACUCAUCGCAGGAGCCGAGAGUGGUGGAGCUGCUCAUUUUGUACCAUCAGGAUGUGUUUGAGGACACCACCACAGCCUGAGGCACACUGGGAACCUCUUAAAGCUGACAGAUGCUACUUCGCUCACUGCCUUACCUCAUUCUUCCUGACUCUAAGUUCUAUCCUCUCCUGUUCAUUGUCCUAAUGUUCUUGUUCCCUUGUGUGAUUUCCAGUCUUUCCUGACUUUUUCUUCUUAUAUACUUAAAUCUAGUACUUGGCUGCCUUAUCUCUCCAGUCUUCCUCGUGAUUCUUCCCUCACAAUUAUUUUUCUUGUGUUCUUUUGUAUUCAUACUCAUUCUUUUCUUCUUUUCAUUUUGUCCUUAUAUCUAUUAUCACACUGCUACAUUCGCUUCCUUUUGUUUGUGUACUUAACAGCUCCCCCGUUGCUUACUCUUUAAAGCAGAAGAGAAAGGGAGCAACAUAUAUUCCGUUAUUUAUUGUAAUGUUAUUUGUCACUGUUGUGUUUCCAUAAUAUUGCAUGGAAGUUGUAGAUGUGUAUGUUUUUUAUGUAGAUGUUUAUAUCUGUACACCAGAUUGAGAGUCCUCUUAAAGGGAGGAAACCCAAACAAGACAUCAGGUAAGAGGACAAUCUUUUUAUUGGUUUAUUACAAAUUUUAUUCCGUUAUAGAGUUGUGAAGAAAGUAAGUCCGUAGAAAAGCUUUUUAAGUGCCAACAACAUUCAUCAAUGAUGUUUUGAUGCUUCUGCUAAAUGUAAAUAUGUGAAUGUCCAAUGACAUGCCAGCAUUGUUUUAAACAGUUGCACAAGUGGCAUGAAUUGUGUUGUUUGUGGCCCUUUGACUGUUGCCUGUAUGUUACUUUUAAUGUUUUGUGUUUAGACUCCCUGAACCGUCUUCCUUCUGUUUUUGUUGUAAUGUGAUGGCAGUUCUUGGUUCUUUAUCUUUACUACAACAGGAAAUUAUCAUUUGGCAUCACAUCACUGUUAUGAGAGGAAUUUAUAAGAUAUGCAAAAGGUUUUAUUUUGCAAGAAUUCUGUGAUUUCAUGAACAAAGCUUUAACUUGCAAUAUAUUGAUAUACAGAGGAACCAAAGUACUAAUGAUUAAUGUUCCUAUAAGCUCUAGAAUUAUAUAUAACAAUUGCCUUACUCCUUAAGCUUUUAAGACUGAGUGGCUAAAGUUACAACGAAGACUUAUUUUCUUGUAGCCAUAGAAGUUAAUUUGUAACCGAUAUCCAUUUUAUCAAUGUUUACAUUUGUACAGCAGAAUGAGAUGGUUCUAGUCCUUAGCCAAGACUCAUGAACACUACUGUGGUGUGAAGAUCCACAGCAGGAAGGUUGGGUCUGCCCUCAUCUGAUGUUUACCUGAUUGUUUUGUGUCAAAUGUCCUUGAGUACACGGCACCUGUCAUGGCUGCUUUCCUGGCUCUCUCCACCAGGCUCUUACUCUGCUCAUGGAUCGUGUGCAGCUCAGCUUUAAUCUUUGAGAAUAGUGUGGGGUUUUUUUAGCAUCCAUCCAUGAAUUUGACAGCUUUGGACUCUUGGUGCUCUGAUAAAUGGUAUGUGUAUGUUUAAGUAUCAGUGAAUAAGUGAGAGGAACAUAAUUCAUACAUUCCUCCUUUUUAUUAUGCACCAAUUUGGCUCAAUGAGAGAAUGGCUGACCUGUAAAUCUGUAGGAACUGGCACCUUCAGUGGAUUUGUUUUCAUGUUUUAUUGUUCCCUUGGCCAAGACCCAUUUUACAUGAUGCAAAAUCUAUGCCUGAUGUCUGGCAUUUCUAAGAACUUCUAGUGGUAGAUGGCUGCUACAGAUGACCUCUUUUUUCCUUUCUGCCCUUUUCUUCUUUCCAUUGUUUUAAUCCUCCUGUUCUCUGGUCAUGCAUUCAAGAGUCAUUGCUUACAUGUUUCUUAGGGGCCUGACGUGUACUCAAGCACAUCUAGCAGUUCACGCAGCAGACACGCCCCCCAAUACCUUCCGUCCCUGAGGUGUUCUUUGCCCCACUCUGCUGUGAUGGCUUCAAAAUGUGUGACAAGUUAUAUACUUUUAUUAGUUAGAACUUAUAUUGAGGGAAGAACCACAAAAAGUGUGAAUAGAAUCAUUGUGUGUGUGUUGUUGAAAUUUUGGACUUUUAUGCAGCUUCAUUACUGAAGUGAAAUUAUUCAUAUACAGUAGAGACUCAAUACUAAAACUGAAUUAGUUCCAAAUGGCCAUUCGAGUAUUAAAAAGUUUGGCUUUUGAUACCUAUAAAUCAGGUAAUUCGUUCCAGCCAUUGCUAAACCCAAGUUUAAAAAAAAAACCCAGCGGUUUAAUUUUGCAGUCGCCGCUAGCACUGAUGCAUAGAAGCAGGGUUAGCCUGUCUUUCAUGGGCUUGUGUCCUGGCAAACACCUCUCUUCCUUUGUUAUAUAGAUCAUGUUUGGUAGUUCUUUUUUUCCAAAACAGGCUAGUUUCAUCACAAUUAAAGAUCUGUUGUGGGCUUAAGCACUCCUUAUCCACAAAUUUCUUAAAUUUAACGGCAACUCUGUCAACACUUGCGGCCUUGCCGUACCUCACAACAAAAUGAAUUCCAGUUCUUUUCUUGAAAUUCCCAAACCACCCUUUACUUGCAGCAGCCUAGCCUUCGCACAAAUUAUGCCCUCUGAGAAAGAAUCAUCAGCCAUCUGCCUUUGGUUUAUCCAAUCAACAAUUUUUCCAUUUCUUCCACCGCCGCAGGUCGCUUGAAUUGCUUUUUCACACCAAUCACCACAUCAGCUCUUUUAAUGAGCUCUGUCUUCUUUAGAUUGUGACUACUGUAGAUUUAGCCAUACAGGACUCAGCUGCAAGAUUGGUUAUUCUUCCUCCUUUCUCGUAUUUAUCAAUAAUCUCCUUUUUCCUCUCAAUGGUUGUUCUACAUUCUUGUAGGCUUAUUCUCACCUCUAACAAGCCUUUUCGGUGCCAUUUUAGUUUCUAAAUGCAAGAGAAGAGAGAAGGUGCAGGACAAUGUUGUUCUUAGGACAUCGAAGGAUCAACUGGCUGCGGAGGCCUGGUGGGGCGCAUGGGGUGGCAGGAAGGGAGAGACCCAUUGUUUACAGCCAUAUGGACGGACGUUCGACUAAUAGAUGUUUUUUUUAGUAUUAAGUCGAACUUUUGCAUUUGACUAUUGAAAAGUUUGACUAUUUAGACGUUCAAGUAUUGAGUCUCCACUGUAUAUAUAUAUAUAUAUAUAUAUAUA